CCUAUUUCCAUAACGCGGGCAGAAUGGUGGACUAUGUACGCAAAGGAACAAACAUGGCGUUGGGAUGUAUAACAAGAACCUCAUGGUUUCAUCUGUUUUCCUGGGUUCUACUACUUAAUAUGAUGGCAACAGGUUCGGGUGUAUCAAAUUGGAAAAUUCGACUGGCAGGCUCACUGCUAUCCACUGAGGGGCGAGUAGAGGUGUUAAUAGAUGGACGAUUUGGUACCAUCACGGAUUUUGACACGUGGGGCCACAAUGAAGCUCGAGCAGUCUGCAAUCAGCUUGGUUUCCCUGAUGAUAAUGUCGCAUCUCUAGGAGGAGGUUACUACGGUCAGGGGAGCGGGCCGGUCUACUUUUUAAGUGUGAAAUGCCCUGAAGGAGCCAGCGUCUUGGACAAUUGUACUUAUGUCCGAGAGAACACGGAAAACAAUCAUGGGUUCGACGCAGCGGUUACAUGCAAAGCGCCAAUUCGCCUGCAUGGAAGCAAGAGUAGUGGACGUUCAAUGAGAGGAAUUAUUCAACUAUAUAAUGAGAAGUGGCUCGAUUUGUGCACAACCAUAUGGACAGAGGCCGAAUCAGAGGUGGCAUGCAGACAACUUGGUUACUCGACAGGUAGUGCCGUUAGGAUAAAUAAUCACGAAACAAACCUACAAUUCUACCAGCGGGACUACAGAUGCAUUGGCGAUGAAGAGGAGUUGGAACAAUGCCCCAGUCACCGUAACAAUCUAAGAGACUGUCCCUCGCAUAUCUGGUUUCUAACUUGCAGCACGGAGGAGACAGCUACCACUCCCCAGAACGAGUCUACUUUUACACUGUCCACGAUCUCGGGUUCCUUGGUCUUCCUCGUCCUUGUCAUCAUGGUCCUCCUCGGUUACCUCUUCAGCAUAAGGAAAAGAGCUUCCAGACAUCGGCGAUGGAUCACAUUAUCCCGUGGACGGGAGGGGAAUCAACCAAGUGAGAGGGAGAGGAGAAUGAGGAGGACGAGGAGAGUGAGAGGAAGAAGCCAGGGACGUUCAGCACCUAAUGUCAACUCUAUCAGCAACGGACAGCAGGGGAACGACGGAGACUUACCGCCUUACUCGCGCCUUGAAGAAGAAGACACACCCCCGCCGUACACGCAGCUGCCAGUACCGCGGAUUGAGAUACCGGUGGUAGGUAGAGAAGAACGUUACGAGGCGCAGCCACCGCGGUGCACCGAAACCGACGCUAUCGAUUUCUUCCGAGAGCUUGAUGCUGAGCAGCUGCGGUUGCAGUACGAAAACGCCGCGGCUGAACGGUCUCCAUCGCGCUGCGGUCAACAACCGCCACCGGACUAUUUCACCGCGACUCAACUCCUGCAGGAGACACCUUGCUCUGUUAAUCAUCAGACUGAUAUAGACAAUGCUUCAUUAGCUGGUUCCUUAUGUUCUGAUGAUGAAGGAGAUGACAUCUCCCUAUCCAGCUGCCGUAGUCCAAUCCCCGUGAUCCCCAAACACACAGUCAAUUUAGACUCAACUGUGACGUCAGUAGAAGUGUAGUCAUGACAAGGAGAGCUAGAUAAAGCUAGAAAUAUUAUGAGAAAGAAAUCAGUUCAUGACAACAAUUAUAUUUCGUCUUAAACAACUAAUAAAAAUCUAUACAAAGCGCUAUUAAAAUGUUAUUUGCAUAUCAAUAUAUAGCCGGACAAUUACACUGUGAAAUGUGUGCCCAAUGUAAACAUAUUAUAACUGAGAUAGUAUAAUAAAAUGCCUUGAAUGAUUAAUGCCUUGAAUUAUUGACAUGAACAUGCUUCCAAUUCUUCUCAGAAUCAUUGAAUAUUCAUCGCGAUUGUCUAAACAUGUGUAAUUGAUUAAUCAACAACGUCAUCUGUAAUAUGGCGGUAAAAGGUUUGUUCGUCUUUGAAGUUAUUCACGUAAAUUUGAAAAUACAAGGACAAAAUGACUUAACAGUCUCAGAACAAUGUGAUAUGUAGAAUGUUUGUAUCAUUAGACUAUUUUGCUGGACGUGAAUAUGAUUUGGUUACACAUUUUUUAUUUCGAUCUAUGUACACGCAAAAUGAAAUAUCCCUCAAAUCCAUAACCGAAUUUAAU